AUGCCGUGGACAGUCACCAAUUCUUUUAAGCGAGGCCUGAUGAAAACAUAUGGGAGACCAACAUGGCGCGUCUAUGACGACGAGCGGGCCGCGAAAAAAAGACGCGUCCAGGACGACACUAACGAAGCGGAGGCCAACCUCCAGUAUGCGAUUCGUGAGUCCUCCGCGGCCGUGUUGUCAAGCCCCUCCCGCCGCAACUCGGUAGUGUUGUCCGAGGGCACUCUGGACGAUAUCGACGAUCUCACCACUCCCCCUUCGUCGCCGCCACCACGGCUGACCCCUCCGCCUGCCAAUACUCGCAAGCCAACGUUUUCCUUUUUGAAGCGCAAGCAUAAGGACGCGUCUACCGGCUCCCCCUUAACCGAAGUCAACUCGAAUAGCGUGCGCUCCUCUGCCGAUCCCCCAAAGCAGCAGCAGAUCCAACCACAGCCGCAAACUAAGCCCGCAAAGCAACCGGCUUUGCGACAAAUGCAGAUUGAUUUAGGAGGCGAGGUGCGAAAGAAAUGCGCGACGUGCGAGAUGGAAUAUAACCCGUCCAACUCGGAAGAUGCAAUGCUGCACAAAAUGUUCCAUGAAAUGAACUCUACUGGAGUGGAUUUAGGAAAGGCAUUUAUGAGGGCGAACGCAUCGCGUUGGGUCUACGAAGCAACUAGGUUUGAAGAAGGCUAUGUGGUGAUCGUGGAUCGCAAGUCCUCUCCUAGCGCAAAGAACCAGGCGCAGAACGUGCUUGAAGUCGUCAACAAGGAACUGUGUUCUCCGGAGAUCGACAAUGAUACUUUGUGGAGUCAAACAGUACCACCUAAGGAAGUUCGCGGUAGCGAACCAGAAGAAAAGGCCGAUCGUUACCGCGUCUUUCUGCACAUGAAGGGCAGCCGUUGUGUUGGUCUCUGUCUGACCGAACGCAUAUGGCGGUGCCGGCCUGUGAUCAUGGAUAAAGAAAAUUCUAGCGACUCCGAUAGCUCGAGGGUCGAAGCCCAUUUGGAGUAUCAUCCGGCCAUUGUCGGGGUCUCGCGCAUCUGGACUUCCGGAGCUUCGCGGCGAAAGGGUAUCGCUCUCGACUUGCUUGAUUGCGUUGUGAGCAAUUUUAUUUAUGGUAUGGAGUUGCCUAAGUCUCAGAUUGCAUUCAGCCAAACCACCUCUGGUGGUAAGAAGCUGGCGGAGAAGUUCUUUGAAGACGAAGACACAUGGCAUGUUUACGAUGAACCAGACGGCCCUCGUGACCAAACAACACCUAGACCGUGA